CUAAUCGAAUCUGACGGGUGUGCUUCGAAGUUUUGUGUGGCUGAAGGUUUUCUCAAUUUCAUAAGUGUGCUUGGGUGCUUUGCAUGGUUAAUUUGGAAUUAAAAUUUCUGGAUGUGUUUGUGCUAAACAUUUGUACAUCUUUUGCUUCCGUAUUAUUUCUUUUUUUCGGCGCUCGAGACUGGUGUCUUUCAGUUCCGAAUGGAAGAAAUAAUGUUUUGAAGCAAUUAAAACGCCUAGCCUUAUUAGAAAUUCAAAUUAAUAUAUAUUUGCGAUUUUUGUGACUAACUUCUAAGUUUGGAAAAAUCCUGUUUCCAUUAUACAAAUCCGUUUACGCUGAGGGCGUAUCAUAAUUCGACACGGUAUAGUACAUAUCAUAUCUUAAAUAUUAGGCCUUAGUUUAUCAAAAAUACAUACAAUAAAAAAAAGUGCAGUCAUCCGGGCAAAUUUAUUACUACGAAAGAAACGGCACAAAACAACAGCCUUCCAGCGAUAGUUAGCGUCGACUCGCGUCGCCAUUAAGAUUACCAACACAAACGUCUACAGCAGAAAAACAAGAAUCAACGAAGCAACAGGCGGAAAGCUGAUAAACCUCGAUAUGAAUUAAUUCAAUUGGAAAAUAACGACUACAACAAAAUAAGAAACGAGUAUCGAGAGAACGAGGAACUUCUGAAAACAAGAAUCGAAAUAAAUAUAUGUACAUAGAAACACAUACAAAGAAACCGCGUUCUCAAACACAACCGAAUGUUGUACAUCGCUUGUAUUUUUUGUGCUGUCAUUGCGACUUUUUUUCUGGCUUAUUUCCCUGUGUUCUGUUAAACGAUCAAUUGAAUUCCAAAUUAGAAAUAAUUAGAUCUUCCAAUCGAAAAAGUUCCACAACACACUUACAAAGUUACACAGAACUUUAUUUUAUACUUGUGCCUGGAGAAACUUGGGGUAUAUAAUUUGUACCCUAUUGAGAACAAAAGCGUCCGCAUAUUCCAUAAGACAACCUGAAUAUUUUCUGUAAAUUCAACCAUCCUGUACUUCGAUAAUGUCCGCGGCUAUUUUACAGCAGAAAAACGGAAACAAUUCAAUUUAUUUUGAGUGCGGCGAUAUUUUCAAACCGAAUCAGUCAAAUGAUCAACAGCAACAUAUUCGUUCAAGUCGGGCAGUUAACAACAAUGGCGAUAUAAUUAUUUCAGCAAUGGAUGUUUCUGUCAAAUCGGGGGAACAGAAUGUGAAGUUGAAUAGUCAAAAAAAUCCUAAUCAGUGCCGUCCCCAUACAACAUUGACCAGAACGAUUUCACAGCCACAGCCUCAUCCUCAGCAUGAAGCGAAUGUUGAAACGUAUGUUACAACGUUAUUAGAAAACUUCGGAAACAUGAAUUUACAUCGUAAACUGGAGAGAACACAAUCUGAACCUUUGCCCCAACAAGUCAAUACUUCCAGGUACAAAACUGAACUUUGUCGUCCAUUUGAAGAAGCCGGUGAGUGCAAGUAUGGAGAAAAGUGCCAGUUUGCCCAUGGAUAUCAUGAGUUACGAAACCUACAAAGACACCCAAAGUACAAAACUGAAUAUUGCCGCACAUUCCACAGCGUUGGAUUUUGUCCUUAUGGUCCAAGAUGUCAUUUUGUUCACAACGCUGAUGAAGCUAGAGCUCUACAACAAAUGCAGCAGCAGCAACAACAACAACAACAACCAAAACUGCAAAAUCAUUCCAGUUUUCAUAACUGCAUCGCAAACUAUCCAUUGCAGUCUAAACAUGGAAACAAAGCAGCUAAUCCCAAUCAUUCGAUUCCUUUGAGCCCUCCUCUGAGCAUGUCAACCGGCUCAGAUCGCGAAUCACCAACAGGUUCACUAUCCUUAAGUCCUACCAGCUCUAUGACUAAUUUUACAUUUGGUGAUCAAGUGAGUCCGGUGAAUUCUGUUUUUCAAAGCACAUUUCCUUACAUUAGCACUCCACCUGAAAGCCCAAAUGCCCCCAUUUCACCAGUGAAUACACCACCACCUAAUGUCAUAUUGAAUUCUAUACAAAACCCGACAUCGUUGUACGUAAAACCUGUUAGUAUUCAGGGUAAGCAGGUACUUCAAAAGAGUUCAAGCUCUCCGAUGGCUAUAAUCAGAAAUAUUAAUAAAGUUCCAGCCAAAGUUAAUUCUGUUUCAUCACUUAAUAGUGGUGAAGAAGCACGGCUGCCAGUUUUUAACAAAUUGAGCUCAGCUGUUGAAAAGUUUCCUAACAUAGCUUUAUAAUUUGACGAAAUCUCACUUUGCAUAUUAUUUAAAAUUCUAGUUUUUUGUUAUUUUACAUUUUAAAUUAUAUAUACAUCCUAAAUUAUUAUAAAAAAUAUAUAUAUUUUUACGAUAAUUUAUAUAUUUUAUAUUAAAUAUCUCUUUAUCCAGAAAAUGGGUAUAUGUAUAUUUAAAAGGGAGUUAGUUCAUAGGAAAGAGUUGGAGAGCGAAGGAUUGGCAAAAUAUGCUUUUGCAUUUAUCAAAUUAUCUAUAUAUAAUAUUUAUUUUAUAUACAUAUGUAUGUAUAUCAUUUCAUUUUUGUAUACAGACUUAUUCUAUAUGCCGCUAAAACAAUUUCAUAUACAAUUAUUUAUAUUUUAUACACAAUGGAGAUGUAUGUUAUUAAAAUUAGGUGCAGUUAUGAAAAUUAUAAUUGAAAUAAUGAAGUCAAUGUGAGUUCAGAAAUUAAUAUUUUGUAGUAUUAAAAUUU